UUCUAUUCAUCUCUCAAAACCACGCUCAUUCAUUCCUUGCUUCUCGUUCUGUUUGCUCUCUCAUAGACCUUGGUCGCAUCUGUUUUCCUCUUCUCCCCUAACCUCUUAAUACCUCAUCAUCUUCUCUUCGACGACUUCAAGACAUUCUUUCGCGCAUUCAGUGAUUGCAACAUCUUGACCUCAAGUCCGCAGGCGGCAUAACAUUCAUUUCGUCAAGAGUUGUCCGAGACCGACAACAGACCCGGACAAUGCGGUGCAUUCUUUUUCCCUUGCUGCUGGUCAGCAUCUUUCUCGAACCCACCGUGGCAACAUAUCAGUUGGUGCACGACUACUCGGGUGAUGCCUUCUGGACAGGCUUUGACUUCUUCACCGACCGUGAUCCAACAGAUGGACUUGUACAGUUCCAGUCGCUCGAAGCAGCAAAUGCAACAGGUCUGGCAGGAUUCUUAGAGACUGGAAACUCAUCAAUGGCAGUGUUCAUGGGAGUUGACACGGAGCAGGUGGCACCCGAGGGCCGUGCAGCCGUUCGUGUGUCAUCAAACGAAACGUUCCAGCAUGCCUUGGUCAUCGCGGACAUCUCUCACAUGCCUGGCGGUGUCUGUGGGGUGUGGCCUGCAUUCUGGAUGCUCGGGUCAGAUUGGCCUAACAAUGGCGAGAUCGAUAUCGUCGAAGGAGUCAACGACCAGACUGCCAACAGCAUGACGUUGCACACAAAUGCAGGUCCUAUCAUUACUGAUGGAUCACACUUCUCAGGCGAAUUGGUCACGGCUGACUGCGACAUCAACGCACCCGACCAGCCAAAGAACUCAGGUUGUUCCAUCGGCGACACUUCCAAUCUGACAUUCGGAGCCGACUUUAAUGCGGCUGGGGGUGGCGUCUUCGCGACAGAAUGGACGUCUCAAUUCAUCAAGAUCUGGUUCUUCCCUCGCGGCAGCUUUCCUGACGACAUCGUCAGCAGUAGCCCGAACCCCGGCCAGAACUGGGGUACCCCGAACUCAGUUUUCCAGGGAUCGUUCAGCAUCGACGAUCACUUCAAAGAUUUGCAGAUCGUCUUCGACACCACAUUCUGCGGACAGUGGGCAGGCCAAGUGUGGAAUACUACCUCUUGUGCAACGCUAGCCCCAACUUGCGAGGAGUACGUGGCCAACAACCCGAAGGAUUUUGUCAACGCCUACUGGGCAAUCAAUACACUCCAGGUAUUCCAGGACGAUGAUCAAGGAGCACUCAAUACCACCUCCAGCACAGGAACAAUCAAUGCUAGAAACACCGUCAACAAGCCCAAUCGUUCUCACGUGGCUCGAUCGACCGGAAGAACAGGUAGCCGGGUGUUGCCGAUAUACUUGUGACGGAAGGGUCUAUCAGCUUCGCUGUUAUUAAAGAGCAUGGCAUUUACGGUUGGCGAAGUAUUUUGGCGAUGUUUCCCAUGGCCAUUACGUCUUUGGCACUCAAGGGUUGACAGGAACAUGAGUACUCGUACCUGGGUGAAUUAGGUGAAGCUUGUUUAUCUUGGAC